CUUCUUUUUCCCGCAUCGCGUCCACAACAUUAAGCUCCAUCAACGACUUUCAGUCACACCUCAUUCUUCGUCAACCGAAUCUUAGAUCAUUUUACAAUGGCCCCUAAGGCUGACAAAAAGCCCGCCUCGAAGGCCCCCGCCAAUGUGGCCUCCAAGGCUCCGGAGAAGAAGGAUGCCGGCAAGAAGACCGCGCCCUCGGGCGACAAGAAGAAGCGGAGCAAGGCUCGCAAGGAGACCUACUCCUCCUAUAUCUACAAGGUCCUCAAGCAGGUCCACCCCGACACUGGCAUCUCCAACCGCGCCAUGUCUAUUCUGAACUCUUUCGUGAACGAUAUCUUCGAGCGCGUCGCCACCGAGGCCUCUAAGCUCGCUGCCUACAACAAGAAGUCGACCAUCUCGUCGCGCGAAAUUCAGACAUCGGUCCGCCUCAUCCUCCCCGGCGAGCUGGCCAAGCACGCCGUGUCCGAAGGCACUAAGGCCGUCACCAAGUACUCGUCCAGCACGAAAUAAGCAGUCGGGUUGGGUUUUGCUUUUCUCUUUUUUUUUUCUAGGGCACAGGGUUUGCUUGGCAUUUGGGAGUCAUGAUGAGGCUGGCCAAGGCAUGCGCGCCCCUUGGAGUCUCUUAAUGCAAUGCGUCACGGAUGGUCUGCUUUUUGGGGGCAAUGUUUUUUCACGGUUACGGGGUUUGCGGUUGUACAAUACCUGCCUUGACAUCAGGGUUUUGGGCGAAAUGAACUCGUGCAUAUGAUCAACAUCAAAUUCCUUCGUGCG